AUGAUGCCCACCGAGCCGCCGCCGCAGCAGCUGCAGCCACCGCCGCCAGCCCCACCGAACCAUGUGGUGACCACCAUCGAGAACCUGCCGGCUGAGGGCAGCGGAGGCAGCAGCAGCCUGUCUGCCUCCUCCCGGGCUGGCAUGCUCCAGAGAAUCCGCAAAGUGCUGAACAGGGAGAUGUUAAUCUCUGUGGCUCUGGGCCAGGUGUUAUCCCUCCUUAUUUGUGGAAUUGGCUUGACCAGCAAGUACCUGUCCGAAGAUUUCCAUGCCAAUACACCAGUCUUCCAGAGUUUCCUGAAUUACAUCCUUCUCUUCUUGGUCUAUACCACCACACUGGCUGUCAGGCAAGGAGAAGAAAACCUUCUGGCAAUUUUACGACGAAGGUGGUGGAAGUACAUGAUCCUGGGACUCAUAGACCUCGAAGCAAACUACCUGGUGGUCAAGGCCUAUCAGUACACGACUCUGACCAGUAUCCAGCUCCUGGACUGUUUUGUGAUCCCGGUAGUGAUUUUACUCUCCUGGUUCUUCCUGCUGAUCCGGUACAAGGCUGUGCAUUUCAUCGGCAUCGUCGUCUGCAUCCUGGGGAUGGGCUGCAUGGUGGGAGCCGACGUGCUUGUGGGAAGGCAUCAAGGAGCAGGGGAAAAUAAACUGGUAGGGGACCUUCUGGUCUUAGGAGGAGCCACACUCUACGGUAUCUCUAAUGUCUGGGAAGAAUACAUCAUCCGAACCUUGAGCCGAGUGGAAUUCCUGGGAAUGAUCGGACUCUUUGGGGCAUUUUUCAGUGGAAUUCAAUUGGCUAUCAUGGAGCACAAGGAGCUGCUAAAGGUGCCCUGGGAUUGGCAAAUAGGUCUGCUCUACGUCGGCUUCAGUGCCUGCAUGUUUGGUCUCUACAGCUUCAUGCCGGUCGUCAUCAAGAAAACCAGCGCUACUUCUGUCAACCUCUCCCUGCUCACAGCAGAUUUGUACAGCCUGUUCUGUGGGUUGUUUCUCUUCCAUUACAAGUUUUCAGGACUUUAUCUCCUGUCUUUCUUCACCAUCCUCAUCGGGCUAGUGCUUUACUCCUCCACCUCCACAUACAUAGCCCAGGACCCCCGGGUGUACAAGCAGUUCCGCAAUCCUUCAGGACCUGUCGUGGACUUACCAGCCACAGCUCAGGUGGAGCCUUCUGUCACCUACACCAGCUUGGGCCAGGAGACCGGAGAGGAGCCCCACAUCCGCGUGGCCUAGGGUGAGGCCCUCGCUACCCACUGAGCACUCAGUGGCCACGUGUUCGCCUAUCAUCUCUGUAUUGUACAUAGAGAAAGGUAUUUAUUAGGUGCAGUUGACACAAGUGGACUGCAAGGUAGCAAAUCCAAAAGCCUGUAAAAGGCACAAACUAACCAUCCCUGGAGACACAGGCUCUGACCCACCUGACCUGGAGAGGUGCCUCGCAUGUGUGUAUCCUGAUCAUGACCCCCCUGCAUUAAUUACUGUGAAAAUUUUCAAAGCAAAAGCAAGUAUUAUUAUUAUUGAUAUUAUUAUUGUUACUCAUAUUACACUGACUUUCAGGAGGAUGUUUUGUACUCCUGAUGGAAACUAGUGCCAGACCCACAUGCAAUUAACAUAAAUCCCCCUUUUCUAUGGAAGUCACUUUUUAAGAUUCACCCUUCAGUUUUUUUUGCAGUCUGUGAGUGCUGCACACCACAGGAGCUCCCUGCAAGAAGUCUCCUUAUCCUAGGGACCCGGUGGCCAAUGGUUUCCUCCGUUACCUAUUGGAUCGCCUGCUCAAUAAGUAUUUUGUGCUGUGACCCAUGUGGGGAGGGGCAACUGACCAUAUAAUUCUCUAUUCUGGGAAUAGAUGUAGAACAAACAUGUCAGCCUUUUUCUAUGUUGACCUCUGAUUACUCCAUUGCUGUUCUGCUGUGCCACCUUGGUUCUGCCAGUCAAGCUCCUGAAAUAAUGGGACAAGGAACGUUCCAUCUCUGUGGCUUGUGGGACACCCAGGAGUAAUAUAGUAUGUGUUUAUGGUAAUGUGUAUUUUUAAAAAAUCUUUUCACCCCUCCCUAUGUCCCCUCUUCAAAAAAUAGAUUUGCAUUUUCUUUUUCCCUGAAUUUCUUUGGUGAUGAUAUGGAAAUUAAUCAAGGUGUUAGCAAAAGCCAUGGUCCUCUGCCCUCUGAACUGAGUGACACUCUUUCUGAAACACAGAAGCACGCAGCUGCCUGUGUUGUGGAGACGUAUCGGCCACGUCGCCUCCCCAGUCCAGGUGCUGAUAUGGACAGGCUCUGACAGUACUCGACAGAUCGGGCCACUUUGUAGUGGGAAAGAUGUCACCAAGAGAAAGCCUGGCAUUUUGGUCAUAUUUGGCAUCCGUUCCAUAACAAGAUAUGACAACAAUAUAUCUGUAUCUUAUGGAUACAGAGAAUAUUCCAGGUCCUGGGAUGGCUCUGAAGGAUGCAUCACUACUCUAAUUCUGUUAAAAUAGCCCCUUUCCAAACACAGAAAAUAAAAACACACCACAAAUCCCUAUAAUUUAGAAAUAGAUUCUAUGUGUCAGUAUGUGAAAUGGUCUUUACAUUUGGCUGGCUUCAAUGUUGUUCAAAAAAAUCCUCACUAAAGGAAAAGUAAAUGCUUAUAAAAUGUUGGGCAAUUAAAAUCAAUGAAUCUUAAGCAAAUCACCAGAGGGGACUCUGUAAAGCAGAAGGACAGAUUGCAGCUUAGUCAGGAUACCUACACAGCCCGAGCAAGGCCUAAGUCCGAAGGCAAGCAUCCCAUGCCGUCAGCACCCACGUGGCCCCUCUGCGUGCCUUCGACCCUAGGCCCUAGCAGAUGAGGAAGAAAAUAUCUUUUUUCUGAUAGCAGAUCUUAGGCUCAUCUGUGUUCAACCCCCUUAGAAACAUGUUUUAUUUUCUGCGGGGGUAAAAAAAAAUCAAUGUUAGAGCUAUAUAUAGUCAAAACAACUUUGCCAAUGUCCGCUCUCUGCUACCUUUUAAACCAAUUAAAUACCUUUCUCUGAAUAUUUUGUCCAUUGAGAUAUGAAGACCUUUAAAGACUGUGGUUUUAUUUGUGUGUUUACAUUUCUUUGGU